AUGCAAUUAUUACCAUCAUUUACCACUACUAUUACCAUUUCUAUUUUAGGGUGUAAAAAGACACAUAAGGUUCUGUACAGGCAAACCUUUAUCAAUCGAGACUCGCUUAAAAUCUUCAAACACAAUUGUAGCCCCAUUGCUGGUGGCACUGAAGGGAUUACCGAAUAUGAUUUGCUUUGUGUUGAAGAAGAUGACGAAAAUGAUGAUCCAAUUACGGAUGAACCUUGCUUUUGCUGUGGAGACUUGCCUAAAAAACAACACAAAAAUGGUCCCCAUGAGUGCUUCAUGUGUCCCAAAACCUUCACAACAAAUUCAAGUCUUGAAAAGCACAUUGCAAAUCUGCAUGCUGUCAUUCCAACUUAUGGGUGUCCUGAGUGCUCUUGCACCUGCAAAGAUCAGUCGACUCUGAAUAGACAUAGAGCCAUGGAUCAUGGUGUAGGAAAAGGGGCUCUGUUUGUUUGUCCGCAGUGUGAAAAGACUUUCACUAGGAAGUAUCACUUGGAUAGGCAUUUGCAGCAGACUGGGUGUAAUGGAACACCUAGGUUAAGUCUUCCAUGUGAGGUUUGUGGUCGUGAGUUCUCAAGAAAAGACAACUUACGAGAGCACCUAAGGGCACAUAUGGGUGAAGCAAAGCCAAAAAAGCAACACAAAUGCGAGUACUGCAACAGGAUAUUCUUUGGCACGACUGUCUACAAUGUACAUGUCCGGACACACACUGGUGAGCGUCCAUUCCCUUGCACAGUUGAAGAUUGUGAUAAAGAGUUCUCCUCGUCGAAUGCUUUGAAGAAACACAUGAGGACACACACAGGAGAGCGCCCUUACGAAUGUGAAAUGUGUCACAAUCGGUUUGGGGCUAAAGAGACUCUCAACAGGCAUUUAAAAACACAUACUAUGGAUAAGCCUUUCAAGUGUGACUAUUGUGGAAAGACAUUUAUUCAAUCGACUCAAUUAAGGGCUCAUCUUUUCCAUCAUACAGGUGAACACGGAUAUGUUUGCCAGGUCUGUGGGAAAGCAUUCAAUAGAAAAAGCAGACUUCGUCUUCACGAAAGGUUUAUCCAUGAAGGUGAAAAGCCUUUGGAGUGCGAUGAGUGUGAUAAGACCUUCAUGAGGAAAGAGGAUUUAGCUAAGCAUAAAAUUGUGCACACUGGCAUUAAAGGUUUGUGA